AAUAAACAAGUAUCAACAUAUGUGUCCAUGUGGAAAACCAUAUUGAACUUGUCAAUGCAAUUAAUAGGAAAAAACUUAAAUGUAAAAAUAUUUCAUGCAGAUUUCGAAAAAGCUGCACAUAUUGCAGUUCUUCAGAGUUUUCCACAGUGUAAAAUAAUAUGUUGUACAUUCCAUUUAGGACAAAGUUGGUUCAGGCGUUUGAAAAAAAAUAAAAUAUUACUAAAAGAAUACUCAAAAAAUGAUUCGGAAAUCGGAAGGUGGCUUAAAUAUUUUUUUGGUUUACCUUAUCUAAACUCUGAUGAAGUUCCGGACGCAUUUACGGAGCUAAUCUCAAUAGCUCCUAGUAAUAUAAGUAUGGAUUUUCCGGACUAUAUUUUAAAAAAUUAUAUUGAUUUUGGGCCAGAAUUAUGGGCAAGUGCACCAAACGAUAGCCCUAGAACAACAAACGGAGUUGAAAACUUUCAUAUGCACUUUAAUAGCCAGUUUUAUACCCCCCACCCUCACAUUCACCAAAUCAUACAAAUACUCAUGGAAAUUCAAGUCGACACCGAUUUAAAAAUAAAAUCAUUAAAAAAAAAUAAGGAAAACACACGUAGGACAGAAAUAUUAAAAAAACAAAAUUUUUUGAAAAAAUAUAUUCAGAUUACAAAUCUAAAAAAAUUGAUCUUAUAACCUAUUUGAUGCAAACGUGUACCAAUAAAUAUUAAAUAUUAUGUAUUAACUGUAAUUUAUGUAGAUUGUAAAUUUUAAUGACUUUUGUAAAAAUGAAUAAUGAUUGUAGGUACCUCCUAAUUUAUUGUAAUUUGUAAAUUUUAAUGACUUGUAAAAAUGAUUGUACCUAAUUUAUUGUAAUUUGACAAAAUGUUGAAUAAUGUGUAAUAGCUAAAACAACAUUUUUAAACCCGCCAGUCUAUAACAUCAGAAUAUGAUGAGAC